UAAUGCAAACACAACCAGGAAUAUUAGAUUUGUCAGCCUAUAAUUUACCUAAAAGUGAUUCUUUAUCAUUAAGAAUAUAAGAAAACUUUUCUCUUUAUGGUGUUAGAUAUACUUAAUUGGUUGUAGUAGCAAUUGCAAUUGGAGGGUAUUAUAAAUUAAUAUUCUAGACUUACUAACUUUGCAGUUUUGUUAACACUCUUUCUUAGUUAUUUAGGGUAUUAUAAUUUUAUUAAAAUGAAGAUGGGCAUAUAUAAUGAAAUAAAGUUCGAUUUUAGAUUACCUACCUGAUUUAGGAUUUGUUAAUACUUAAGAUAAAAAAAUGAUACUUUUACUUCUAUGUAACAUGAAUAACAUUAAAUUUAGUUAAUAUUUUACUAAUUUUGGCUAUUUCAGGUCCUCAUAUAUUAACUUAUGUGGGUCUUGGAUGUUUAAUUGUAAUUGUGCAUGCAUCAUUAUGGAAAAGUCCUUCAACUUUACCAGGAUAAGAUAUUUAAUCAGAGUUUGACAAAGUGUUAAUACAAAAUGAUGUUGAAUUAAUUAAUCAUUGAAGU